AUAGCUAUUAUUUUAUAUUUUUGAUUCGUUUGCUAAUUCUCAUUUUAGUGUUCAAUCAUCAUCUAAACACCAAGUGAGAUUUUAUUUCACUGAAAAAUUCAUCUCAAGUGGAUUUUAAUUUUCCGUGUCAAUUUGUUUCAUUAUACUUUUUGUGACAAUAAAUAAAGACAUGUUGGAAACAAACGAAGUAGUAAUAUCUGGUAUUGCUGGACGAUUCCCUGAAUGUAAUUCUACUGAAGAAUUUAAGCAAAAAUUGUACAACAACGCGGAUUUAUUGACUCUUGAUAACAGAAGAUGGUCUCCAGGUAUGUACGGAGUUCCGGCAAGGAUAGGAAAAUUAAAGGAAAUAAACAAAUUCGAUGCAGAAUUUUUUGGAAUUCAUACAAAAUUAGCUAAUGCCAUGGAUGUACAACUUAGGAUUUUACUCGAAGUUACACAUGAAGCCAUACUUGAUGCUGGCGUUAACCCGCAAGAUAUACGUGGAACAAAAACAGGAGUAUAUGUUGGUUUGAUGACUACCGAGUCUACAGAUUAUCAUGAACGUACACCAGAAAAAAUGACCGGAUAUGAAACAAUUGGUGCAAUUAGAUCUAUGCUAGCAAACAGACUUUCUUAUCAGUUCAAUUUUAAUGGUCCAAGCGUGGCUAUCGACACUGCGUGUUCGAGCGCGCUAUUUUGCUUACACGAAGCCAUUACCGCGAUAAAGACGGGGCAAUGCGAUGCAGCUAUUGUUGCAGGAACUAAUUUAAUCUUAAAACCGUCCACUUCAGUCAUGUAUCAUCGUUAUAAUAUGCUUAGUCCUACAGGAACAAGCAGACCUUUUGACAUUGGUGCUAAUGGAUACGUAAGAAGUGAAGCUAUUGUUGCUCUAUACAUAAAAAAAUCAACAGAUGCUAAACGAAUAUACGCGACUAUAGUCGGAACGUCUACUAAUACUGACGGCUUUAAAAUCGAAGGCGCCACAUAUCCUUCACAGUCAGUUCAAAGUCAGUUAAUUAGAGAUACUUACAAACGUGCUAAUUUAAAUCCCAAUGACGUACACUAUGUGGAAGCUCACGGAACAGGGACGGGCGUCGGUGACAAACAAGAGUUGAACGCCAUUUCGGAUGUGUUUUGUAUUGGCCGUAAAAGUCCUUUGCUUGUUGGAUCGGUCAAAUCAAAUGUGGGUCACGCAGAACCAGUAUCAGGCUUAGUGUCGAUAGCUAAAGUGCUUUAUGCAAUGGAAACAGGAAUUAUUCCAGCAAACAUUAAUUUUGAAACACUAAACCACAAUAUUCCAAAACUUGUUAGUGGAGAAUUGAAGGUUAUCGAUAAGCAAACACCAUUACCAGGAAAUUUGGUUUCUAUUAAUUCAUUCGGUGUCGGAGGAUCAAAUGUUCAUGUUAUUCUAAAAGCUAACGAUAAAAAAGCACAGACAAUAUCAUUACCAACACUUGAAAUACCUAGGCUAGUAUUUCUGUCAGGACGAACUAGAGAAGCGUUGACAGAACAAUUUGAAUCUAUUGAAAACUAUGCAGAUGAUAAUGAUCUGUUAACUUUAAUUAAUGAUAUUUAUAAAUCAAAAAUUCCCGGUUAUAAGUUAUCUGGAUAUUCAAUUCUUGGACAGACUCCUAGAAAUUUUGAAAUAGCUCAAGGUAAUGUCUCCGGUGAUAAGAGGCCAAUCUACUUCAUUUUUCCAGGUAUGGGAAGUCAGUCGUUAGAAUUGGUCGCCGAUUUGGUGAAAUUUCAAGUUUUUAAACAAACUGUAGACAAAGCACAUUCAAUAUUAAUUCCAUAUGACUAUAGUGUUUAUGAUUUAUUUUACAAAUCUGACGAAAAUACAUUUAAGAGUAUACUGAAUGUUACCAUCACGAUUAUUAUUGUUCAGAUUGGUCUUGUUAAUAUUUUAAACUCACUCGGUAUCAAUCCCGAUGGUAUUAUUGGACAUUCGGUUGGCGAACUCGCAUGCGCAUAUGCAGACGGUUGCUUUACAUUGGAAGAAGCUUUAUUGACAAUGUACUGGAGAUCCAAAAUAUUGAUUCAAAUUGACGUACCCGUUGGUGCUAUGGUCGCAGUAGGACUAUCGUGGGAAGAGACACAAAAGAGACUUCCUGAAGGUAUAAUAGCUGCUUGUCAUAACAGUGCAGACAGUGUUACGAUCUCGGGACCUAAAGACAUAACUUUGAAAUUCGCCGAAACUUUAAGACAAGAAGGUAUAUUUGCUAAGCCCGUUGACUCGAUGGGAUAUGCAUUCCACACGCCAUAUCUAAAUAAACUUUUACCAUUAUUGAGACCAUAUUAUGAGAAGAUAAUGGUUAAUCCCAAACCACGAACCAAUCGGUGGAAGAGUACAUCAUUACCCGAAAACCAAUGGAACACACCGGAAGCCCAGUUUUCGUCUGUAGAUUACCAUUUAAAUAAUAUAAGUUCACCAGUUUACUUUCACGGCGCCACGAAACACGUACCUGAAAAUGCUAUAACGAUUGAAAUUGCCCCUCAUUGUUUAUUACAAGCAAUUUUGAAGAGAUCACUGCCUCCUACAGUUACUAAUAUCGGUCUGACUAAGAAAACUAUUUCGAAUCAUGUAAAUUUCUUGUUGGAGGCAAUUGGAAAAUUAUAUAUUGCUGGAGCAGAGCCACAAUUACAAAAUUUGUACGGUAAAGUUGAGUACCCUGUAGUAAAAGGUACUCCAAUGAUAUCUCCAAUGUUGAAGUGGGAUCAUUCUAACGAUUAUUUAGUUCCUAAUUUUGUGGAAAAAAGUUCAGGGUCAGACGAUAAUCAAGUUGAAAUCGAUUUAAAAACAGAUCAAGAUAAAUUUUUAGUUGGUCAUACAAUUGAUGGUCGUAUUUUAUAUCCAGCUGCAGGAUACAUAACAUUAGUAUGGAAAGCUUAUGCAAAACUUCAAGGAAAAUGGUUUGAAGAUGUUCCAGUCAUUUUUCAGAAUAUAAGAUUCCUACGACCCACUGUACUUAAUAAUGAAGGUAGUACUCAGUUCAAUAUUAAUAUACUCAAUGAAUCCGGGGAAUUUGAGUUACUAGAAGGAGGAUCUUUAACAGUCUCAGGACGUAUAAAAUUAUUGACCCAAAAUUCCGAAGAAAAUCAAAUAGAACAUAUUACAACCAUUUCAGAACAAAUGGAAAUAAAUUCUGAAGACUUUUACAAGGAGUUGAGACUACGAGGGUAUCAAUAUAAAGAUGCAUUUUUAGGAUUUGUAGAAGCAAAUACUAAAGGCUCUAGAGGUAAAGUUGCGUGGACUGGAAAUUGGGUAUCAUUUAUUGAUACCCUUUUACAAUUUGAACUUAUAUCUAUAAAAACCAGAGAACUUCGCUUACCAACAUACAUUAAAGAAAUUAUUAUUGACCCCGUGUACCAUAAACAAAUUUCAGAAAAGUCGUCAGAUCCUAAAGAAAUUGAAGUAAACCAUUUUGGUUAUGCCAAGACAACACAAUCAGGCGGAGUCACUAUUUCUAAACUGAAAGUGACACCGGUACCUUUAAGAAAAAACGCCCAACUUUCAGCAACUCUGGAACGUCACUCAUUUAUUCCGUUUGUGUAUACAUCUAACGAAUUAACUACGUAUGAAGUUCUUUAUUCUUUAAUUGGAUUAUUUAUGGAAAACAUAGGAGUGCACUAUGUAAAAGCCGCAGAAAUCCAUAACAAUAACGUAUUGGCUACCGAAAUUGUUCAAAUAAUUGAAGCAGAGGCUAAUUUUUAUGUGGACUAUACAGUUCUUUCGAACAAGUCUGUUGAUAUCGAACAGAGCAAAUUAUCAUCAUUAGAUAUUAAAGUUAUUGACUUCAACAUUCAAAAUGAAUCGUUAUCUGAGGAAUACCAUUUAAUAGUUGCCGAUGAUACUCGUUUUGACGCUACCUUAUUGGGUAAAAUUUCUGCGACAUUAGCUCCGAGAGGAUUUGUUCUAUUGGUUGAAAAUAUGUCUACAAAUGCCCCAAACAAAUUGAACGCUUUGAAUCUUCAAAUAGCGACAGUUAUUGAAAACGGCGAUAUGAAAUACUACCUGUUGAAAAAAAUUUCUUCAAAAUACCAGUACACAACUUUAAAUAUCGAUGACGAACAGUUUUCUUGGGUGGAAUUAUUGAAAAAGGAAUUAGCCGACAUUAAAGGAGGUUCAGGCAAAAAAGUUAUAGUUUACAGUGAUAAAAAUAUCAACGGUGUUCUCGGUCUAUCUAAAUGUUUAGUGGAAGAAUUCAAUGGCGAAGAAAAUCCCAUUAGGUGUAUACUAACAGAAUCUGGCAAAAAAUAUACAUCGAACGAUUUUGCCUCAAUCCUUGAAACCGAUCUGUUCUUUAACGUGGAAAGAAAUGGCAUUUGGGGAUCUUACAGACAUUUACCAAUUGAUGUAAAAAACGCUUCUAAUAUUCAAACAACUGAAGCUAAAGUGUCCGUACAGUCCAAAGGUGAUCUGACAACACUUCAAUGGGUUCAGUCGACAAAAUAUACGAAAAACGACGACAGUAAUGAUUCAAUAAAAAUAGCAUACGCUGGUGUAAACAAUGUCGAUUUAGCUGCAGUAUCGUCAAUGAAAACCGAAUUCGGAGUAGAAUUUUCUGGUAUUAAAACUAAUGGUCAAAAGGUAAUGGGGUUGAUUAAAACUGGUGCUCUAUCAACGUCAGUCAAUCACAGUAAUGCUAUCGUAUGGAAUGUACCACAAAGUUGGACUUUGAGACAAGCCGCUACUGUUCCGUACUCAUACUUUGUGGCCACUUAUGCUUUAAUACACAAAGGGAAUUUAUCGGAAUCCAAAAAUGUGUUGGUAUUUGCUGAUGGAAACGGUGUAAACUACGCGGCUAUUUCUAUUUCAAUAUCACUCAAGUGCAAAGUGUUUGUUGUAGUUGAAACUGAUGAACAGCUUGAAAUGAUUAAGAAAAAUUACCCAAAAGCGAGUCAGUUUUCGACUACAAGGUUUGAUUCAAAAUUCAUUCACAUGAUAUCAACGAUGACUCUAAAUCGAGGGGUUGACUAUGUUAUUUUAUCUAAAUAUUGUUCUAACCGUUUACCAGAACUGCUUGCCGAUGAAGCAAAAAUUAUCAUCACCGAAAAAACAGACGUUUCAGUCUUAUCAAAUUCGCCAAAUGGAUUUGGAGUCAUAUCAGCCAAGUUUGAAGAUAUUCCUAUUUUAAACAAUCCGUCUGCAGACAAUAUUUAUUCAUAUAUCGAUUCAAGAAUAAAAACCGAUGUUAUCAAACCUCUUCCGUUUUCUGUAUAUCCAUACUCUGAUGUCGAAUCUGCUUUCAAAUCAUGCGCUAAUAAUAAAACUGGAAACAAGAUUAUCGUUGAAGUGUCUGGGGAGUCGUUGAGAUCCAAUUUUGAGGCAUACCGACGGGUGUACUUCGAUCCAAGCAAAAGCUACAUACUUUCGGGUGGCCUCGGUGGAUUUGGAAUGGAACUUACCGAGUGGGCAAUAGAACGCGGGGCAAAGAAUAUUAUUCUGUGUUCGCGGAGUGGAAUUCAAACCGGAUACCAGAAAUAUAGAUUAAGUAUAUGGAGAAGUCAAAACAUCAAAGUGGAAAUCAGUACAUUCGAUCUGACCACAUUGUCGGGAGCUAAAGAAACUGUAAAAUUGGCUAUUAGUCUCGGUCCACUCGGUGGUAUUUUCAACUUAGCCGGGGUUUUGAGAGACGGAAUUUUUGAAAAUCAAACAGUGGAUAACUUCCAGAUUGUGUACAACAGUAAAGUCUUAACUACUAAACAUUUAGACGAAGCAUCGAAAGACUUUAGUAAGGAUUUGGAAUAUUUCGUCACGUUUUCGUCUAUAUCUUGUGGCCGCGGCAACAGGGGACAAACCAAUUACGGUUAUGCAAAUUCUAUCAUGGAAAGGAUUUCGGAGCAAAGACAAAAACGAGGACUGCCGGCGCAAUCUAUUCAAUGGGGAGGCAUAGGUGACGUCGGAAUGGCGUAUCUAUUAACUCGUGGUAACGAAGAAAAAGAAAUCAAUGGUACCUUGGCCCAAAAAAUAUCGUCAUGCUUAGUGGCGUUGGAUACACUUUUAACACAAAGUUCAGCCGUCGUUGCUUCGCACGUGAUACCAACCAAAAGAAAACUGACAGAGAAUUCAAAAUCACAAUCACUCACGGAAAUCGUUUCUGGAAUUAUGGGCAUUCAAGAUCCAAAUUCAGUUAAGCCUACAUCUACUUUAGCUGAUUUAGGAAUGGAUUCAUUGAUGGGAGUUGACAUCAAACAGACUAUUGAACGAAUGUUUGGCCUGUCAUUGAAGAAUUCUGAAAUACAACAGUUGAAGUUCAGCGAAUUGGAUACCGUGGGUACCAAAUGAAAAUUUAAUCAAAUUUAUCCACAAAAUUACUACAUAAUUACAUUUUCGCAUGAUUUAGUGUGUUUUUGAUGUAAAUACAGUUUUUUUUUUAAAUUUAUGCUAACUAAAGUAACAAAAAACGAAUUAAAUUUUACUAUGUUGAUGUUA